CAGUGUUUUCAGUUACCUUCUGUCAAUCGUUUGAGAUGUGUGUGCUUUUGCGUGAAAGUGAAGAGAAAUAGAGAAAAGAAAACUCUCUGUGUAGAUAUCCGCAGACUGCUGCUGACUGGUUCAGUCAGUCGUUUUUAUUUGAUAAAACAAAAUAACUCUAGUUUUUGUUGUGUGUGGUGAGUGAAGAACAAAAGGUUCUAAAUUAGAAAGCAUUGUCGCAGUCGGAUUGCAUCCGGUUGCAGUGGACUGAGAAGACUGAGAUUCCGAGAUUUGUUGAACUUUUCUGUAGUAUCAGAACUUAUCGCGGCUGGAAUAGGUAUAUGUUCGGUGCCAGUGCCAGCCGAAUUCGCGUUGACGGUGGGAAGGAAAAAUCAAUCACACGGUGGGGGAGCUUUUUCCGCAGAAAAGAUAACACAAAGUGAGCUUAGUUCUUCGUUUUCUGGUUGUUUUCGAAGGAGUUUGUGACCGUGGGAAUGGAAGCUGUCGGGUGAAACGUAUGUGUGUGUGUGUUCGUGGGGAGGCUAGAUAACGGAAGGAUGGUCAAAGUUGUUUGCGGCAGUGCCAAGAGUUCUCGAGAGUGGCAACAGCAUCCUAGUAAGGAGCAUUAUUCAGACGCAGAAGUUAGCCAGCGCAGCUCGCAUUGCUGCAGGUGUAGAAUUUGCAUACUGAAGAGUGCUUCUGUUGUACGUGUUGAAGAAGAAGAAGAGUCAAGAUAAAAAAGGGCUAUAUGUUUAUAUAAGCGCUCGGUUUUCUUUCUGAUAAUGUUUUGAAUGAGAAUCGAAAGUUGUGUCCUGUUUAGUCAACUGUGCUAAAUGAAGAGCGAGGUAACUUGUGAGGUUCAACGUUCGGUCGAAGCUGCAGCAAGUUUAACAGUCUCAUCUGUUGAGAAUCCAAUUAGACUGCUGACGGUGUGCUGUGUUCACCGGAAUUCUUACCUGUGGAAGUAAGAAUGAGCUGAAGAAAGGUGGAGAUCCAUCGCCAACAAGCCAACGAACGCACACUACCCUGGCGAGUGCCGAAGACUUCACAGCAACACACAAUUACUCAACGAAACAGAAUCUAUAGCGCCAAUGAGGUGAGGAGGAGGAUAGCCACGCCACGAUAGUGCGGAGAAGUAAAGGUGGAGGAGGUCGGUGAGCAACAGCAGCAGCAGUAAACCUGACGUUGUCAUUCUCAGCAAGAGCAAGAAGAUAUAAUUUCGGUGUUGCGCCGUCUGAGGUUCUUGAUAGUCAAGCUGCGACCCCUGCCGAAGACGAUAACUCUCGUUCGUCGGACACAGGUUUACAGAUACGACGUUUGAAAAAGUUUAAAACAGAGCUUGGUACUAAUGGCAAAAAUCGGCAAAAUUUGGGAAAGGUGACAGCGCGCGCACCCUUUGUCUGUCUGUCACAGUGCCGUGAAUGUUUGUUGUUUUGAUUAAGUGGAAGGAAAUGUGUAAAUAGAACAAAAGGGUCGGUGAUAACAUUUGCGUGUUCGGUGGAUCACCCACGUGUACUGUAGUGAAUCCGUCAGAAUGGCUCUCGACGAGGUGUUAUACCACACAUUAAAUUCACAUUUUUAGCAGCUAAGAGAAAAAGUUGCAACAGCAUAGCUACUAACGGAAAGCAAAAACACGCAAAAUAACCGGCGGAAUCAAUUAGCUUGAGCGGUAAUAAUCCACUUUGUUGUUUGCAGUAGUAGUAGUAGUAGUAGUAGUAGUAUGUGUGUAUGUUUUGAUGGCACUGAGUAGCUGCUGGUAUAGCGAGUUGUGAAAGAGAGAAGAGUGUUGCGCACACACGUGGUUUCAAGAAAGAGAAAAAAGCAAGAAAGAGUGCCAAAAGUGAAUCGAUAAAUCGUCACAGAACCCGUUGAGUGAAUGAAGUGAGGUCCAUCCGGAACCAAACGCGAGAGUGGUGAAUAAGUUAAACCUCAGGCCCAAGGUGAAUAUUUUCCGACAUCACAACAAAAGCUAAGCUGACAACGAUGAAUCCAUACGCUGAGCAUAACGUUAUCCGAGCGCCAUCUUUGAAGCGCGGAAAGAACGACGAGGGACUUAAUAAUCGGAUAAAGCUGAAGAAGAUUCUCGGGCUGACAGUAUGCAGCAAUGCGGGACUGGACGUUUCCUCGACAACAGGUGUCCUCGCCUAUCCGGCUGGCUGCACCGUGGUGCUGUUCAACUCGAAAAAACUCACCCAGUCCUUCCUGCUGAACACCGCUAAGAAGGCCAUCACAGCAGUAGCAUACUCACAGUGCGGUCGCUAUCUCGCCACCGGCGAGUGCGGUCACAACCCGUCCAUCAAGGUGUGGGAGCUGGACGUCAAUGGGAACGCCAGUUACGAGAAUGGGGCCGCCGGCAGUAUCGUGGCGGAAUUCUCGGGCCACAAGUACGCGGUCAGCUGCGUGGCCUUCUCGCCCACCGGAAAGUAUCUGGUGUCGGUGGGCUCACAGCACGACAACAUCGUGAACGUGUUCGAUUGGAAGGCUAAUCUGAAGAUUGCCUCGAACAAGGUGAGCGCCAAAGUGGUUGCCGUGAGCUUCAGCGAGGAUGGGAACUAUUUCGUGACGGUGGGGAACCGACACGUGAAAUACUGGUAUCUGGAGGGUAGUCGCAAAUACAAGGAACCCAUCCCGCUGAUGGGCCGAAGUGCGAUUCUGGGGGAGCUGCGAAACAAUGACUUCUGUGCGGUUUCCUGUGGAAAGGGCGAGAUGGCGGACAGUACGUACGCGAUUACCCGGAACGGACAUUUGGUGGAGUUCAACGCACGGCGUCUGCUGGACAAGUGGGUCAUGUGUCGGACGAAUGUAGCCAACUGCAUGGUCACCAGUACAAAGUAUAUCUUAGUGGGAUGUGCGGAAGCCAUCGUUAGAGUAUUCAAUGCGGAAACCUUAGAGUACAUCACAACCCUCCCGCGGACACAUUUCCUUGGCGUGGAUGUGGCCCAGGGCAUUCACAUCAAUCACAUGAUGGCCGCGCCACAACACGCCAAGUAUCCGGACACAAUCGCCAUCGUGUAUGACGAGAACCGAUCCAAGGUCACGUGUGUGUACAACGAUCACAGUCUGUACAUCUGGGAUCUGCGGGAUAUCCGGAGGGUUGGCAAGAGCCACUCGUUCCUGUACCACUCCGCCUGCAUCUGGGGGGUGGAAACUGUGCCAUUUAGUUAUCUGAAGCACAACAUAUCAGAUACGCUGCCAUCGGAUAGCUUUCUGACGUGUUCGUCGGACGACACGAUCCGGGUGUGGGAUAUCGACAAUUGUGAGAGCAACGAGCUGUACCGGAAGAACAUUUACAGUAAGGAAUUGAUGAAGGUGAUUUAUAUUGACGAGGAAUUGAACUUUAUCAAGGAUAUGGACAAUCCGAUUCACAAUACGGAGAAGAAUUCCAGCUACGAUGGAAGGAACGGGGUGCGGUGCAUCAAGAUUGAUCCAGACAAUAGCCAGCUCGCCACAGGCGAUAGGAGCGGCAAUAUACGGAUUUACAAUCUCAGUAAUCUUAAAUUGAUAACAACGAUCGAAGCGCACGAUUCGGAAGUGCUGUGUUUGGAGUAUACAAAUGAAAAAAUUGAACGAAAGUUGUUGGCCAGUGCCAGCAGGGACCGGCUGAUCCAUAUUUUCGAUUGUAAAGCAGGUUAUAGGAUACUGCAGACCUUGGAUGAUCACUCCAGUAGCAUCACAUCGGUACGGUUCAUCGGCACGGGCAAGCAGUUCCAAAUGGUGUCCUGUGGAGCCGACAAAUCCAUUAUCUUCCGGAACUUCCAGAACAAUGUGUUUCUACGCGGGAAUAACUGUUCUGGCAAAAAUACUCUAUACGACAUGGAGGUGGACAGUAACUAUAAGCACAUUCUGACGGCGUGUCAAGACCGGAACAUCCGGGUUUACAGUACUCAAAAUGCAAAACACACCAAAACCUUUAAAGGGUCCCAUUCGGACGACGGCAGCCUAAUUAAGGUUAGUCUCGAUCUUAGUGGAAUUUACAUAGCAACCUCCUGCACGGAUAAAACGCUCAGCGUUUAUGACUACUAUUCGAACGAGUGCAUGGCACGAAUGUAUGGACAUAGUGAGCUGGUAACUGGACUGAAGUUCACCAACGACUGCAAACAUCUGAUAUCUGCCAGCGGAGACGGGUGUGUUUUCAUCUGGCAGGUACCACACGACAUGAUCGUGACCAUGCAGGCUAGACUCUCGCAACAAGCUCUGCGGUCGGGACAUCAACCAAUCCCCCGGCCUGUCUCCAGCUCAUUUGCCGAUGCCAUCAUGGAUCAUCACCAACCAAACAACGAACAGUUCGGUUCACCGCCGAACAAUUUGUUCAUCGAGGAUGCUCCCGUCACGCCUGGUUACCGAUUCUCGGAUGUCGGUCAGCUUCCUCAAUGGGCUAAGCGCAAACCUUCCGAAGAGCAGUCCAAUUCUCCGGUCCUCGGUAGCAGCCCUAGUCAAAGCCAAACAUUUGGUGGUCCCCCAAAACCUCGUGGACGGUGGGGCCAGAAAGGACAAUUCGAUGAAGCGCUAGAUCUGCGGAACAUAGUGGACAGCCCAAUGAACACAACCUACAGCGCGGAAAAAGCCUCUCUGCACCACGCCAACAAUAACAACACCCCCACAUCGGGUUACAACAGCGGAAGUUCCAAAGACGUGUACAGCAAUGCGUACUUGAGCGAGGACAGUUCCAUCGACAGUGGCCGGGAGAACCGGAGAGAUAUCACAUUUCUGCAUAAGAAAAUUUCCGAAACCAAAGCGAUGAAUUCGCUCAACUCGGAAUCCAACACGGAACACGACGGAGACGUGGAGGACAUUUCGGACGGGGAACGGACCAGUUCGGAGCACGGCAUGGUUUACUACCCAACGGUGGCACCUUCCACGCCAACGGACUUCAAAAUCAACGAAAUCGACGUGAACGAAUUGCGCAAAUCGAUUCGACGACAAAAGCUCGAAAAGCAGGGCCUGAGCAUAGCUGCCCAGCUCCAGAUGCAGAGUGCUGCUUCUACCGGAACCGGAACCGGCACUUCUGACGAUGAGGAUGAAGGAUCGACGCCAAGCGGGGACAACGCGGACCGAUCGCUGGCAUCCACCCUGGGGGGAAGCUCCGAAAGUAUACCUCAGCAGACGUCCUCUACCUUCCUGCAGGCGGCACUGGAUGGACCGGCCGGUGUUUCCGACAAGGAGCGAGUUCCCUCGAGCCGCAAAAGCAUUAGUGCGAUGCACAAUAAUGACUCAAAAAUUACCACCAGCAUCUCCAAGUCAUACGCAAACAACAAAAAGGAGGAACUGAUGAAGGUCAUCAAUGAGGCCAAAGCAAAGUUGGAAAAUGGGAUUCUAAUUCAUAGUAAGCGUGACGUAAAAUAUUCAUUAAGUCUAGCUCAUUCUAAGGUUGGAUACCGGUCCGGUCUGCGCGCUAGUCAAAGUAUAUCCGAUCUUAGCCAUGCGAUGGGUAGUGGUGGCCCCGGGAGUGGCAAUCGAAUGCAGCGGAUAGGUGAUAGUUCCUAUUCUUAUCGUGACUACCCUCCUGUACCUCCUCCCCCUGCAACUACCGGUGGUAUUUGUAAUUAUCUCAACUGCGCCGCGCCCAGAUCUCGUUUAGCUCAGAAUUGUGCUAUGAUGAAUCAAAUCCAGCAGGAACUUCCACCCUAUCCAAAAAAUCUCGGGAUAUACGGGAAACCCAAUAAGUUCGAGAGUGAGGGGGAAGCUCCUGUGGUGCGUCCGGACAAGCUGGAGUUACCGGAGCUUCCGCCGGUUCCGGCGGAUAAGCUACGGAAGCAUCCCGGCAUUCUGAAGAACUAUAAAUCCUGUCCUGUGUCACCUGUUCACGAGGAGCAGGAAUGGAGUCUUGUUCCUAAUGCGGAUGAUACUGGAAAACUAGAGCCAGAGGGAGGUCCUUCUCACCGAACACAUCAUCAUCACCCAGCGCGCCACUCGAUGUACUACGAGGACGCCAAAACGAUCUUGGACAUGAUUCACUCGGACACGGAACGGAUGAUCAAAGAGAUCACCAGCAAAUACGGUGACCUGGAUGACCUGGACGCAAGUAAACCCAAAUCGGUGGAACCUCAGCCAUCAAUUUGCUCGAACGAUCGCAACACCCCCAAACCGCUAGAAGUAGUUAACAAAACGCUCGAAGGACUGAAGACCACUGCUCGGAAGGAGAAGCACGAGCACAGCUUUCUGUCCGAGGACGAUCCCAAUUUUAGCUCCGACUCACUAGAAGACUGUAGUUUAGACUUAGACAUAGGUAAGACUGAUCAGGGUAGGAGCAAGCGUAACCUUUGUGCCAAACACCAGAAACCGUCGCAACCGAUCGAUUCACUGCCAAAGAGAUCUGCUUCGGACUAUUCCAUGUAUUUGUACGAUAGCUUCCAGCCGGGCCCGUAUCGGAACGUUUCCCUGUCCGACAUUCUGGACGAGGACAAACGAAGUGCCGAUAACCGGUUCCUGGAGACGCAACGCCAUUCCAGUGCCAGUUUCUUCCUCGGGCAGCAAUAUCCCGACCGGAAGAGCCAAGAGAGCAUCCUCUCGGAUGACUUUGGUAGCGGUGGCGUGAGCUACUGCAACAGUAUGGAAAGUAUCCUAUCGGAUGAUUCCGAGUGUAAGAGCGCACCGCUGGAGGUGCUGUUCGGACGCAUCAAGCGUGACCGCAACUGUAGUGCAAACUACGAGUACAAGAUCGAAGCCAACUGUAACUCUAAGUCCUACGGAUCGAGUCCGAAUGCAUGUAGUGGGUUCGACUACUACAUGCAGAAUAACUAUUUCAACCGGGAUGCCCCGGAAAGCUAUGCGGUCGAUAACUUGGACGCUCCCUACAGAAUCGCUGAGGCUCGCUCACCUCAGCACAAACGCGUCAGUGUGCCCGGAAUGCCAACCUCUAUCAGCUAUCCUCGAUUCAUAUCAAAUUCCGCCCUUGCUGAAGCUGCUAGCACGGAAGAUCAUGUGAGCAACGAAGAAGACUUCAUUCCUUCGCUCACAGCGAAGGUCGCGCAAUACGGCGGAGCAACCGUAAAAAGCCUCAGUAAGGACUUCGCCAACCAACGGAAACAGAUGAACUCCAAUCCUCUUUAUAACUGCGAAGGCAACGAACUGUUCCUGCGGAAGACCGUCAACGCUACCAACCAGAUCACCCGAUCCGAUAUUUUCGGCAAUGAAUCGUCGGUGUACGUUAUGAAGAAGUCGUGCAGCUUCGAAAUUGAGAUGGGUGGACGACGAAUCGGUCGUAAUUCGAAGAAAUUCGAGCAGAACCUGCAACGGUUCGAGCAGGAACGACAGCAGCAAUCGGACCGCUAUCAGUUCGGUGGAACGAUGGAGAUGGACUAUGUGCCGCACAAACCACCGGUUGCGCAUCGACGAUCGGCCAGUAUGAAGGGUCGGGGCAGGGUGCGUUCGAAGGAGAAAUUUAACACCAUCAUCGGGCAGAUGUCGGCGUCCACCUACGAGGAUAACAGACUGCGAGAUUUCGUGAACAAAGACUACAUGUCGAAGGAGGUGAUGAGCGUUGCGAGCUGCUCGAAGGUUCGCCCAAAAGAUGCGGACGACGAGAAGUCCUUUGAGAUUUAUGUUGCCGAGAAGGGGGUGUGCGAAGACGACAACAUGGACAGCUUGGAACUGCUGGCGAAGCCGGAUCUGCACAAGCAGAAUUCUGUGGAUUCGUUGGAUGACACUGCGCAGCAUUCACAGCAACAACCCCCGAUCAAGGAUCGAACCGAGCUGGAAAAGCUGAUAGAUUUUGGGCUGAUGUCCGCGACGGAGUACAAUAGAUUUCUGGAUAUUGAGAAAAAAAUUGAUAUCAUAAAUAAGCUGGUGGAGAUGGAAGAGCGCAAACUGGAGCAGGAACGCGUUGCCAAAGCGAACCGGAUGAAGCCGUUUGAGUGCAACUCCCGGCAGAAGGGGUACGUGAAGAGUUUGACGGAGAAUUUUGACAAGCUGGCGAAAGACGCCCAGGAAGAGUUGGAGAACGAAAAAAGUUGGCACCUGGCGGUACAGGCCAAGAUGAAGAGGAACUUCAGUCUGCCGGAUGUGCUGGAGGGGGCAAAGUUUCAGUCGUUCAGUUUUGGAGACUCGGAGGAUUUGUUCAAACAGAAGGAUGAAGAUGAGCUGUCGGAGAAAGAUGAGCACUCGCUGGGCUAUAUGGACGGUGAAGGCGGUAAUCCCCGAAGCUUAAUAUCUGCGCAAGAUAGUGAUGAAUCAUCGAUUAGACGUGCUUGCUCGCUUAGUGAUUUGAGUAUGGGAAAAGCCACUAGCUACAAACCAGUGCCCAGUGCUCGUGUUACCGUCCAACAGCGGAGCGCUCCCAAACGAAGCACCUCUUCGGUGGGCAAGGGUGGUGCAUCGCUAUCUUCCGGUAUGGGACUUCGAAGCGUUUCUGUAGGCACGUUGAACCAGGCGAGUGACUCGGAACCAGAGCCGCCAUCGACCCGAGGGGGGCUCUUGAAACCGACCAUCAGUUCACAGAACAAAGUCAACGGUACAACUACCACCAAUAAUGGUGGCAAAUACGUCAAUCCCCGCAGCGCAGCCGGAAUCAUCAAUCGACGGAAGGGAUUACAGAGUGCGUACAGCAGUGUAAACAUCGCAUCGGCCGCUCAGGACGAGUCCAGUUCGGAGGAAUCGCCUACUAGCACGGUAAGCACGGUACCGGCUAAGCCCGCUGUACCACCUCGACCUCGAAGCAUCGCCGCAAUGGAACAUAAGCGGAUAGUAAACGUUGGCGGCGGACUGAACGCGAAGAAAGUCCACAGCACCAACAUGGAGAUGGAGAGUAUGAUCAAGGAUGGCGACUUAGACAAUGCUGACUUGACCAACCAACUCUGCUCGAACAUCAUCAACCAGUUGGUUCAAACGACCAGUUCGGUAAUACAGCUGCACCAGCGAUUGAAGUCCAACGAUGAAUCGGGCGGUGGCAGCGGCAGGAACAACUCGCUCAUGAUCAAGGAGCUGGAAAACGCAGUUAUCAUGACACAGAACAUGCUGACAAAGGUUACCAAUAGGAACAUUGGAGGGGACAGCAUAAACCUUAACAACAGCACCAGCAUGUACGAAAAGUGCAACGAUAUUCUAAAUCAGGUGCAGAAGCACGUGAACAACAGCGGCUGACGGCAGCAGCUAACGGCUUUCGGCGAGUACUAUUAAGUACUAAUGAAAUUGUAACUAUAAUUCUUUCAACCGUUUCGUAGAUUUAAUAUGUAUAGGCAAGAACAUUACCGAUAACGAGUAGUGUAAAAUAUGUAAGUGUUUCUCUUCGUGAGUCGAUUGCGGUGUUUUGUAGAGGCGAGAAUGUGCGUGAGUGCGUGCGAUCAUUGUAUUCAGCAAACUAAUUCAACAAUUAGAUUUUAAAUAUAGGAGCAAAUCUUUGAAUAGGGUUCAGCUUUAACGCAGAAACGUAUUGUUUGUGUGUGGAUAGAUUGGCGUGAGUGUGGUCCCUGUUGCUAUUUGCUGGAAUUGUGAGGAUAUGAACAGAGAACAAUAAAUUAAACAGCAGACAUUAGAUGUGCUUAAAUGAAAUACGACGGUGUGUGUGUGUGGAUGUAUGAUAAAUGUCAAUCAUUAGUUGGAAAAUCAACAAUGUUUCGUCCAGUUUAGUUGAUAGUUAUUUUUACGAAGCUAUUUAAUAGGAAAGACAGUGCGAAAGUUUAAGUUGGUUCCUCCCUUACUGUUGAGAGGAUCCUUUUUGAUGGAGGAAAACGCCAUAUUUAGAUUUGCUAGUUGAAAAUGUAACCUUUUUUCCAUUAUUGUCAGUUAUGAAAUGAGAAUAGUGAUAGGAUAAUCGUUUUAGCACCUUCAGCUUUUCAAAUUAAAUUAUUAACCACUUUGGUAGAGAAAGACAUUCUGUCCAUCGAAAAGAAUGCGUUCGGCAAUAGCGGAACUAGUUAAGCUGUGCGUUCUAGAUUCAAUCGUUAUGUUGUCGUUAUCUAUUAUUUAGACAAUUUGCUUACGCUGUCUUUAACGUCUUGUAACAACAGCUUCCCCUAUAACCAGCCAAAGGUGGAAACCUACGUAAUUUCUUGAACAAAAGUAAUCACUACAGGUUAGGUCCUUCCUUCUGCCAACAUGUCCCGUUAAGAUUUUAAAGCAAAAAAAUAAAAGGAAAACUGGGUGUACAGUAUAUUCUAAUCACCAGUAACUUGUCUAACAUUUUCCAUCAAUUCAAAUGGUAACAUAUGGAAUAACUACUAAAUAAUUAUUAAAUCAUAUUGAUUUAUCCUACUAAUUGUAAGGUUUUAAGACACAUAGAAGAAACCCUUUUUGCGAUACUCGAGCAUUUUCUCCAUUUCUUACUCGUGUUACGUUCGAAAUUAAAUUCUGUAGAUGCCAACAAAAAAAAAUAUCAUACGAAGUAAAUUUAAAGUGAAGACAACAACAUUUACGUGGACACAGUCCCUAUUCGUGACCCAUCUCCGAGUGUGGCAAAUCAAAAGAAGUAACCUCAAUUUGGAAAAAAAAAUAAACAUUAAACUUGAUCGGUUGGGAAAAAAAGUAUCAGUGAUUUCAUCGUAACAAAACUGUUUAUUGCUUUCCACUAUCACAACAUAACGUAACCAUUCUGUAUACUCAUAAACAGCAGCAACUAACUCGGGAUUAGAAGCAAGUUCAAUGAGGGCUGCUAACUGAAUGCACACACACACACAGGCAGAGAUGAUGUUUACUUAGCGUUUCUUGCUGGUAAGACUUGUUUAAUCUGAAGAAUAAUAAUCUACAAACUCUAAAAAGUGUCACACUCAUGUGUGAAGUGAAUAAUGAUAUGAGAUGAGAAUAAGAGAACAACAAAUAAUUACCACAACGCGCUUAUGAUUCAAUUCAGAUGGAUGAUAGAAAGCAGAAGUAGUAGUGAUAUAAAUGCGAAAAAAAAAAAACAAGCAAAAGGUACAGGAUUUUGGAAGGAAUUGGCAGUGAAUUCCUGCAGACUUUCCAACUCGAGUCAGCAGUAACACGUAACAAACGUAAUCAUUAAACUGAGUAACACGGCUGGAGAGAGAGGUAUGUGUAGAUGUAAUCACUCGCUAAAUGCGUCCGGAAAGGAGUUAAACUACUACGUGAGCUAAUCGAGGAAGAGAGGAAAUAUAUUUAAAAAGUCAUAUUUUAAAUCUUAAUUUGGUGCGUUUUCUUUUUGCCUCAUUUUGUUUGCACUCUUUUGCCCGAUUGACCCAAAACUAACAACUCUAACCCCAUUUUGCUUUUGUUCCAUAGUCUGGAGCGAAUAGGAACCUGGUGCAUCUUCUUGGCCUUCAAAAUGCACAAUUUUGAAGGUAUUAAGAUAACGCUCGCCAGGCAAAGCUGACAGGAUGUCGCCCCAUGCUUUCGUUGCCGCGCGUAUUCCUUCUUUUGGUUGUUCCAGAUAAGGAAGUGUAAUGCGUUGGUGGCAACAUUCAAACUGCUGCUAGGAUGCUAGGUGAGUACUAAUGCUUAUGCUACUCUAACAAAUCACUACGAAGUAAUGCUGCUAUUAAUUUUGUUUUUCAAUUCAUUCUUCAGAUGAAUGUGAUGUAAAUAGAGAGCUCUAGCGGAAGACAUAAGUAGAAUACUUCCAAUUGUAUAUAGAUACGGAAACCAUGAAUAAAGUCC